GUAUAAGUCAAUGUUUGACCCAGCAGCACGCGGAAAGGGGAAAGGCGUUCAAGCUGAGAAGAAGCGAAGCAAGCCCACAGCUCCGUUGCUCUCCCUCCAGUCAUGGGAUCUCCAUUAAACCGUUUAUCUUUACUGUUUCUCUUUUUCUCCGUAUUGCCAACCAUCUGGGGCUCUAACAUCUGCACAUCACGAGGAGUCACCACUUGUAAAGAUUGCCUGGCCAUUCACCCUAGCUGUGCAUGGUGCUCUCAGAAGGAGUUUGGGAGGGGAGGAUCCAGUGUUUCUCGCUGUGAUCUAGAACAAAAUCUCCUGAAUGGAGGGUGCAGCACUGUGGAGUAUCCCUCCAGCACCUUAACUAUUCUGAAGAAUGACCCACUCAGUAACAAGGCUUCGGGUACAGCUGAUGACGUCACUCAGGUCAGGCCUCAGAAAAUCCGAAUGACACUAAGACCAGGUGAUUCCAAGCGUUUCACUGUGAGUGUGAAACAGGUGGCGGAUUACCCUGUGGACCUCUACUACCUGAUGGAUCUCUCAUUUUCAAUGAAGGAUGACUUGUCUCGGCUGAGUUACUUGGGCAACAAGCUUGCUGAGACCAUGGCCAAAACCACAAGCAAUCUGCGCAUGGGGUUUGGAGCCUUUGUGGACAAAACUACAUCCCCGUACAUGGAGAUCUACCCUCCAGAGGCAGUCACAAACCCUUGCUUUGAGAUUAAUCAACAAUGCCAGGCUCAGUUCGGGUUCAAGCAUGUUUUGUCACUAACAGACAAGGUUGCUCGCUUCACUGAGGAGGUGGGGAAACAGCAGAUAUCUAGAAAUAGAGAUGCUCCUGAGGGUGGAUUUGAUGCCAUAAUGCAGGCUGUGGUGUGCAAGGACAAGAUCGGGUGGCGUCCGGAUGCCUCACAUCUUCUGGUAUUUACCACUGAUGCCACAACUCACACCGCUCUUGAUGCGCGCAUAGCUGGUAUCGUCCAGCCCAAUGAUGGACAGUGUCACCUCGACAGUAACAACAUCUACAACAAAACUACAGUCCUGGACUAUCCUUCCUUAGCGCUCAUAACGGAGAAAAUGUCUGAAAACAACAUCAAUUUAAUUUUUGCUGUGACUAAAUAUGUGGUACCACUUUACGUGGAUUACAGUAAACUCAUUCCAGGCACAACUGUGGGAAUGCUAUCUGAUGACUCUGGAAAUGUCAUUCAACUGAUUGAGGAGGCCUAUGCGAGAAUUCGUUCUCAAGUGGAGCUGGAGGUGUUGGGAGUCCCAGAUGAGUUGAAUCUCUUAUUUAAUGCCUCUUGUUUAAAUGGAGAGGUCAUACCUGGAAUCAAGUCCUGCUCUGGUCUGAAGAUUGGAGACACAGUGUCAUUCAGUGUGGAGGCACAGCUGCGAGGUUGCCCAAAGGAAAAAAGUCAGACUUUUACUAUCAAACCUCUCGGCUUUAAGGAUUCCCUGGAGGUUACUGUGGAUUUUGCUUGUAGCUGCAACUGUGAGGCAACAUCUCAAACCAACAGUCCCUUCUGUAGCAACGGCAACGGGACCUACGAGUGCGGCGUUUGCCUGUGUCACCAGGGUCGAUUGGGUCCGCAAUGCGAGUGUUCAUUAGAGGAUUACACUUCAUCUGAUGACUCCAGCUGCAUGCCCAAACCAGGCAGCCCGAUCUGCAGUGGAAGAGGCAACUGUUUAUGUGGACAGUGCUCCUGUCAACCAAAUGAUUUUGGUCAGGUGUGGGGAAAGUUCUGCGAAUGUGACGAUUUCAACUGCUUACGCUUCAAAGGGGCUCUGUGCUCUGGUCAUGGUAAGUGUGACUGUGGUUUCUGCCGGUGUGAUGCUGGUUGGAAAGGCGAAAACUGUAACUGCACCACCCGUACCGACACCUGCAAGUCUAGUAUGGGCCCAUUGUGCAGCGGCCGAGGCAACUGUGAGUGUGGCGUGUGUCAGUGCACACAGCCUGGUGCUUAUGGAGAUACCUGUGAGAAAUGCCCCACCUGUCCUGAUUCCUGCACUAUAAAAAAGGAGUGUGUCGAGUGUCAGCACUUCAAGAGAGGACAGUAUACCACUGACAACAGCUGCAACAGAAUCUGCAAAACUGAUAUACGAGUUGUGGAUGAACUGGUUUUCCAUGAAAGUAAUGCAGUGAAUUGUUCAUACAAAGAUGAGAAUGACUGCAUUGUGCACUUCCAGUAUUAUGAAGAUGAACUUGGCAACUCCAUCCUGUUUGUGGUAAAAGAACCAGAGUGCCCUGAGGGUCCUGACAUCUUAGUGGUGCUCUUGUCGGUGGCUGGAGCCAUUCUGUUACUGGGCCUUGUUGGUUUGCUCAUCUGGAAGCUGCUGGUCACUAUCCAUGAUCGCAAAGAGUACGCCAAGUUUGAGGAGGAGAAAGCCAAAGCCAAAUGGGAUACGGCUCACAAUCCAUUGUAUAAAGGGGCUACCUCCACUUUUACCAACGUAACAUACCAAGGAAACAACUAAACUAAACACAAUGGGGAAAAACUCAGGGGUCAACAGAUGGAAUGUAGCAGCACAGAAAUGGAUGAGAAGACACUGAAAUGAGACCAGCUGCUGUCACAGAAAAGUAGUUAUAACUAACAACAACUCAGUGUGGUAACUGUAUAUACGGUAAUAAUAAUUGAAAUAGUUAAUAUUUGUCUCCUCUUAUGCUUUCUCCACUGGGUCACAUUUAAAGCAUUCUCUACUGUAUGUGCAUUUACAGAGGAGGCUAUUAACAUGCAUGUUGUAUGUUUACAUUUAGGAGAACUGCUGCUGAAAGUCAUGAUACAUACAGUACUUUUUCACCACUGCUGUAGUUGUUGUUAAAGAUAUUUUGUAUUGUGGAACUGGUACCAGUCAAAAGUUGUUGUUUUUUUCUUUUUACUUUGAUUUGGUUUGGUGCAGACUGUAAAAAGCAGCAGGCACAAUGCUGCAGAUUUAUAGCAAAUUCUGAGGUCUGUAUUAUAUUCAAAUGCAGUCGUAACUUUAAAAAUGUCAUAAUACAAUUCUUUAUCAACACAUAAUUGCCUCUGUUUGGGCUUGAUGGGAUUUUUAUUUGUUUAUUGUGUUUGAGAAAUGUUUGACUGCUUUCAGUUUUCCAUUGAAUGGAUUUCAUUGCACAGUAGAUGAUAUGGGGAAUGACUGAAGCCCUGUUGUCAACUUACAGGGACUUUCAAAAGUAUUGCCCCUGCUGCUGGCAGAUCUCUUUAUCUCUUUUGUUAUGUAAAAUUAAAACUGAAAAAAAAAAUCCAAAUUAAUAGAGAGAAAGGAAAAAUAUCUAUAAAAAGAAAGAAGUGGUGCAUAGAAAUGUGUCUG